AUGUGGAAGCGCUGGGGUGACAUGGCAAAUUUGUUGGCAACUUUCUAUGUGUGCGAAACUUUCUAUCAAUCUCUGUGUCUAACUUGUUUAUAUCUAUCUAUCUAUCUAUCUAUCUAUCUAUCUAUCAUUUCAUGUCUUGUUUUAUCUAUCUAUCAUUUCAUGUCUUGUUUUAUCUAUGUAAGCCUGUUCGUAUCUAACUAUCAAUCACUAUCUUAUACUGCAGUUACCCCGAAAGAAGAGAUAGUUGAAAGAAGAUGCAAUCCUUCUCUCUCUCUCUUCUUCUUCUUCUUCUUCUUCUUCUUCUUCUCUCUCUCUUUCUUUUUUUCUCUCUAUUUAUUCAUUUUGGCCUUUUUUUCUCUCUCUCUCUCUCUCUCUCUCUCCUCUGAAGGCUUCCUUUUCUCUAUCACUUUGUUUCACUUUGCCGUGGCUUGUCCCCCCCACUCCCGCUUCUCAUCUCUUCACCACGUUUUCCUAUAG